CCGAGUUUCACAUAAGGCGUUGUUCUGAGCGCAUACUAUUCACGCUGACCACCUUGCAGAGCGAUCACGAAGCAGCAAUCAAAAACGUUGUCUGGUUAUUUAGAGUUUCCUAAAUGGAUCGUACCAAUUAUAUUAAUGACUGGAAACGUUUACUGGAAGGACUUAAUUUAUAUAACAUCGACGAGAUUGUGAAUGACCUACUCGACAAUGGCUACACAGUUACUGAAUUACGUAAUGUUAUUGAGACAAAAGGGAAUGAUGUUAUGAUGGCAGCCUUACGGAAAAUCAUCAGUAAUGCCCUUGUACUGAAACAUAUAAUAGGACGUGUCGAGUUAUCUUAUAUGAAAAAAGACUGCGAUAAAUCAAUUAGUGUCAGUGAUAUUCAGCGAAUAAUACAAUGUUAUCAAAGUUAUAUACAUCCCGAAGAUAGAAAAUUGUUGCAGGCAGCUGUAACUUGUGUAGCCAAGGAAAUUCCAUCAAAAGCAUUAACAGAUGCAGAAAUUGUCUGUGCAAGUGAAACCAUGCAAAUUGUCUUCAGAUGUGGAACGAAAGAAAACAUGUACCUAGUGGUACGGAAUGAUGGAAAAAAUAAAUUUGCUGUUGUGAGGGGAAUGGCAAAUAGUCCUAACAUGUCCUCAGGAUUAAAAUGGGGCAUUGGGGUUGGAAUUGCUUUAGGUGCUAUACUAGGUGGCCUAGCUGCUGGACCUCUUGGUUAUGCAAUUGCCAUAAAGGCAAGUGGUGCUGUUGUUGCUUGUGCUGCUGGUAGCGGAAGCCUUACAGCUGUUGCUAUUGGAGGUGGGGCAGUUGUUGUUAUUGAAGGAGUGGUAGCGGGGGCAGCUGCAGGAGCAGUAGCAGGAGCAGCAGCAGGGUGUGUUAUUGGUGGUGGAGCUGGAAUUGCAGCGAGUUUCAUUACAAAUGUAGAGUGGAAAAUGAUUAAAGAUGAGUAA